AUGCCGCAGCGCGACAAAUGGAAAGAUACUGGUAGUGGUGGCGGCUUCGCAGGGCCUACAUUGGUGGCCGAUAUCGCUGGGCGGGGCAUUCACAUGGCUGCUCGCACGUGCGGUGAUGGAGCCUGCGCUCUGCACAGUGCAUGGGGCGUAGUCACGGAGGAAGUGGGCCAGAGUGGUACGUGGUAUUAUUGUGAGAACGCCCGGGACAGAGUACUCAUGAACGUUCCAGUGAGCUACGAGGCAGGUCAGGUCGACGGGGACGCGGCCACCGCAUUGAAGAUAUGGCUUGACUUCGUUUGGGCGGACCAGGUGAUGUUCGCCAUGGCCCGCGCCCGGGGGGAGCCCGUGACGCCAGCUGAAAGUCGCGGUGCAGGUGUGAUCUGGGAGGCCUUAAGCGCAGAGCGGCGGGAAUGUCUGGAGGACUUCGCUGAGCUCAAGCUCGUGGAAACCAACGUGAUCGAAGUGCUGUCCGAAGACCUCGUUCAUAGGAGUGUGGCGAUGUUCGAGAUGGAGAACCGACCGUAUUUGAAGCAUUUAGUCGUGGCCCUGGGGUACGUCUCAGAGCAGGACUCGAAGAAGUUGGGCUUCAUCCUGGACGGGGUGGUGAGCGAUCCUUUGGAGUUGUUCAGGCCGUCUAGAACGUACCACAGCAGGUCUCGCUUCGACGUCAUGUGCGAGGGGCACGUGGAUGAGAGUCGCAGCUUGCGCAGGCUACUAUUUUUGAACAAUGUCCACGGGUCCUCUGAGGAGGGCGUGAAGAGUAUUAUGUCCACGCUGCAUCGGUUUCAGGCUGAGAUGGCGCAGGCGGGGCGGAGCGAGCUCGCACAUGCCCUUGUCGGAGUGGCGGCUACGCUUAAAACGCGCUGGGAGGCUCAGCGUUUGCCGGAUAUCCCGUCCGAGUGUACCCCAACAGAGGCGUGGGCAGCAUGUCGGCGUGCGUGGGCUGACGGUCGGUAUUGGUUUUCAGUGGGCGAGUUGUAUAUGUUUGCGUAUUUCGCGGAUGCGAACGUGGAAGUAUUCGUUCUCGAGGUGGACGGCGAGGAGGGUGUGGCGUUUGUGGAGAUGCCAUCCAGCUUUGGGCGUUAUGUGGGCGAACAGCGUCCAGUCGCAGUGGUCCUCACUACAGACGUCGACAUGGGGCUUGGCCACUUCUCUCGGUUGUUGAGCAGCGCGGAGUGGGAGAGCGCCGAGGGCGUGGGCGCGGCGCCACCCGCAGAGAUGAGCGAUGUCGGCGGCGGCAGUGCUGAUCCGGGGCUAGCCGCAGACUGCGAGUCAUUAAGCGAUGCAAGCGAUGGUCUCGAUGUCAGCGACGUUCAGGUCGACGCAACGAAGUCGUUUACAACCAGGGAAGAUCGCGCAGUGCAUCGUAUCGAACGGGUUGCCGGCAUGCUGCGAGAGUCACCUUUGUUGCCGUGUGACCCGAUGGACCCGAUGAAGCCGUUUCAGCAGGUACACACUGGGAUGCGAUUUCCAUUGGUGCAGUGCGCUUUUCAGGGGUGUACCUGGUCUAAAGAUAUGGAUGCAGAGGGGCUGAGGCAGUGGAGUAUGGAGUGGGCACUGUACUGCCACAUCAAGAAAGACCAUCGCGCUGCAUUCGAGGAGGAGUUCGCCGAGUGGGAUCGACAAAGUCCGCCGGAACGGGCGAGUCAGGCUGGGCGGCAGGAAGGGGGCGUUUUCAGGAGAGUGAUAUCAGACUACAUCGCUGCCCUCCGUGUACGGGAGAGCACGGACUUCAUGAAGAUGGUGAUGGUCGACGUUGGGACCGCGCACAGUUUUCAUUUACCUUGGGAGGAAAUCGUGCACGAGUUGACAAAGCAUUGCGGCUCGGAGUCGUCAGUUGAGGACCUUCCGAGAAAACCAGCGCACCUGCGGUAUCUGUUGCGAGUGCAGAUGAAGGUGCAUGGUAAGUUGUUGGAGCGGGUGUUGAGGCAGCUGACAGUCCGCCCAUAUGUGCUGUACAAGCUGCUGGAGUACCUCAUCGACCACAACCAUGAAGCUUUUCGGGGGAAGGGGCCUCCAGGCACGCUGAAGGAGAAGAUGGCGUCUGAGAUCAGACGGUGGUACCCAGAAGACGCGGGCCAAGACCAUGUUACACUGGAUGAGCGCGUAUGCAAUGUCGCGGAGCACGUGGCGCAGGAAUUGCGGGGCGAAGAGGCGGCCCCCCCGGCGAAAAGGAAGCGCGCCGUGCUGGUGAAAGAGAAGAGCUCCAUUCCGGCGGCUGCAGAUACGCGCGGCGACAAAGUCAGCGAGGAGAAGAUCUGCGCCAGCAGCAUGUUCAGCUUUGUGUACGUAGGACCCGUGCCUAGCCGUCGGAAACGGAGCGGGGACAGUAGGCGGGACGGCAAGGUGCAGGGGCGGCGAAACGAGGCCCCCGCCCACACCUCGCCGCCCGGGGCGCACGAGGCGCGCUACGAUUGCCAGGUCCUGAAGGCACUGCAGGCGGGCUGGUCGGAGGGGAAGCGGCGGUGGUGCUGCGAGCACGAGGCGACGGGCUGUGAGCCGCAGAGCGUGCCCGGGCCUGCGACGACGGAGAAUCCGUCCGCAAAGACCUUCACGACCUCACAGGCAGAGGAGCGCAAGCAUUCAGGCGCGCGGGGGAAUAAGACGGACAAGCCGUCCUCGACUGCAACGUCCACGACUUCCCAGAAGGAGGAGCAGCACCGCUACAACACGACAACGGACGCGACGAAGCAUGCGACGGGCAAGCCGUCCUCCACAACGGCGGCGCAUUCCCAGGCAGAGGAGCGCAAGCAUUCAGGCGCGCGGGGGAAUGAGACGGACAAGCCGUCCUCGACUGCAACGUCCACGACUUCCCAGAAGGACGAGCACCACCGCCCCGACACGACAUCGAAGGCGACGAAGCACGCGACGGGCAAGCCGUCCUCCACAGCGGCGGCACACUCCCAGGCCGCCGUGCAGCCCGGCGUGCUCACCUCGGGGCCAGCCGGCAGCAGCACCACCGAGGCGUCGCAACUUCCGACAACAACAGACCUCCACGGCUGGCUGAGCAAGUUCCCCACGCAGGCACCGCCCACCACCACGAGGACAACCGCCUCCAGUGAGCCGCAGACGUACGACUGCGAGGCGGGGCUGGCGGGCUGGAGCCACGCGUGGCCAGAGGCGAAGAAGGCGUGGUGCUGCCAGAAGGCGGACCGCGGCUGCCCGCCGCCUGUGUCGGCCGUCGCCCCCGCUGGGGCCGGCACCUUCACGACCAUGCGGCCCCGCAUCACCUCGACGAAGGCCCGCGGCGACGCGGGCUGCGACGCGCAGUGCACCCACGACGGCCAGACGGCGACCUGUCGGGCCCACAUCCACCUCGUGGCUUUCCAGGAGCUCCUGGGCACGCCCGACUCCUGCGACGCCGCCCGCAACAUCACGAUCGCACGUUGCCCCGCAUGCAGGGGCUGCAGCAUGGAAUCCGCUGGGUGCGACGUGCUCUCGGCCCCGGCCGUGCCCGAGGCCGACACGCCAGAGGAGGCUUGCGCGAUCACCUGCGAGGUGGGGGACCAGGUGGCCAGCUGCCAGGACCGUAUCCAGUGGUCGUCGCAGAACACAUUCAAGGCCAAGCCCGACGCCUGCGAGAGCAGCCUCGAGCUGGUGCUCAACCAGUGCCCCCGCUGCGCCGGCUGCACCGUGCAGGCCAGCGGGUGUCAGGUCGACUUCAUGCCCGCCGCGGCGCCGCCCGCGGCGGAGGCGCCUCCGGACUGCAAGGCGGGCGUAGAGGUGGAGUGGGACGCGACCAAGAG